AUGGUCGUUUGGAUACAGUUUUUAGGGCUGCCAGUGCAUUUUUAUCACAAGGAAUUACUUUUUAAUCUCAGCAAUCUUAUUGGGAGGUCCAUCAAGCUCGACUUCCAUACGCAACAUCAACACCGAGCCAAAUUUGCGCGUAUGACAGUGGAAGUGGACCUCUCAAGACUUUUGGUUCCCAUAAUUAGAUUGGAUGGUUGUUGGCAGAAGGUAGAAUAUGAAAAUCUGCCUAUUGUGUGUUUUGAAUGUGGCAGGGUGGGUCACACCAAUCUAUCAUGCCCUGCCCUUGAUCGGCGACAGGUGGGAGAGGGCACGACGGUGAGCCUUCCGGCAGGGGAUACUAUGACCGGCGUCACAACGCCGGAAACGAACUCGGGAUACGGCCCGUGGACGGUGGUCACGCGAAAAUCUCGGCGAAAUCAAAAGGGGUCGAACAAACAUGGAAGGUCUGAGGCAUAG